AUGCUGCAGUGGGUCGCGGGCGAGAGGCGCGUCACGAAUAGCAAGGAGCUGCGCGACGUGGAUAUGUACGUCUACGCGCAGCCGGCGGGCCUCCUUGGCCGCUACAUUGGCCGCGCGCUGCGCCUCCGCGUGGAGCGCUUCGCCUACGUCGUGGACGCGAAUCACCGCAUGCUCAGGCGGGUCGAGGUGGACGCGGACUCGCUCCUGCCGCAGUGCGAGGUGGACAGCGGCAAAUUCGAGCGGCUCGGGCUGAACUUCUCCGAGGUGGAGCGUGUCGCGAUUCGGACGCGCAGACACGUGUUGGACGCCCCGCGCUACCCGCGAAUUGUCUACAGCGUCGAGCAGGAGACGCCGGAGGAGGUUGUCGGCUCCCUGCAGCUGCACGGCGAGACACACACGGUGCGCUGCAGCAAGACACUGGAGGGGCCGGAGCUCAUUGUGCGCUGUCCCAUCAAUGCGCGUGAGUUCAACGUGCCGACCUACACGCACAUGUUCGGCCUCUUCAGCGUUUCGCCCCACGUCGAGGUGGAGACGCGGGUGCCGCUGAAGGUGCUGAAGCUGUGA